GCACCAGUAGGUGGCAAACUAUACACUUCCCCUCAAACUACAAUUCCCACAAUGCACCACAACGAAACGUUGGCAUACAUGGAGGAAGUGUUUACAACUGGACCAAGUAAAAUGGAGCUUUAUAGCUCCCUAGUUUUUAAGAAGAAUUAGCUUCGUACUACCAAUAUCUAUAUAAUGUACAGUCCAUUUAUAUGUUUUGUAUGUACUCAGAGUUUAAGCUAGUAACGAAUCCGUGCUAGCGUUGAGCUAGCAUCAAGUGCUAACCUUCAUCAACUUGAUGUGUAAGCUGGUGAAAACCAGCCAGGUUUUUGUGUUUCAAGAUGUACACUCUGUUAUCGGGUCUUUACAAAUAUAUGUUCCAAAAAGACGAAUAUUGCAUUUUGAUUCUUGGACUCGAUAAUGCUGGUAAAACGACAUUUCUGGAGCAAACAAAAACAAAAUUCAGCAAGAACUACAAAGGAAUGAGCCUUUCCAAAAUUACAACCACAGUUGGGUUAAACAUUGGCACCAUAGAUGUUGGUAAACCACGACUGAUGUUUUGGGAUCUUGGAGGACAAGAAGAACUGCAGUCAUUAUGGGACAAAUACUAUGCAGAAUCUCAUGGAGUCAUCUAUGUUAUUGACUCAACUGAUGAAGAGCGGUUGACUGAGUCAAAGAAUGCAUUUGAGAAAAUGAUCUGUAGUGAAGCUCUUGAUGGUGUUCCUCUUCUUGUGCUUGCUAAUAAACAAGAUGUAGAGAAUUGUCUGUCUGUACCUGACAUAAAGACAGCAUUUAGUGACUGUGCACCUAAAAUUGGAAAACGAGACUGCCUGGUCCAGCCCUGUACUGCUCUAACUGGUCAGGGAGUGAACGAAGGAAUUGAGUGGAUGGUAAAGUGCGUGGUUCGGAACAUUCAUCGCCCCCCUCGACAAAAAGACAUUACAUAAAGCCACAUUUACUGUAUAUAAUUGUGUGAGUAUGUGUUUGUGUAUAGAUGUGUGAACAAUUUGUUCAAAGUACAUACUAGGUUUGGCUAAUCUUGUUGAAAUACUUGCACAACAGUGUUGUUUCCUCAUCCCAAAACAGCUGUCAUGUAAGACAGGUAUGAGUGUAAAGAAGCAGUUGCUUAUUACUGGCAUAAUGUAGUUUGUAACUACACAUAAAAAAAAAAGAGUUUUUUUGUGUGUAAGUUUGCAGUGUAAGUUAUACUGUCUGCAGAAGUUUAUAUCUGGGUCAGCUUGAAUUGGCUGAGGUGUGACCUGUGUGACCUCUGUAUUUAACACACUUCUUUAGAUAUUAAUUCUUUUAAAAAGCGUCUACAGCUAUUUGCUUAGCAGCACAACUUUAUACCAUUUAAAAUUAUUUUUCAACCUUAUCACAUCAGAAUUGUAAUGGUUUACAGGUUUUUUUUUAUAAUAAACACUGAAACUGA